AUGCAAUGGAUCUUCACCUUCAUGAUAAGGGACGUUCUUCAGAUCGAAAGCCAGAUCCCUUUCUUUGUCCUUCAAGAGGUCUUCGACUUAGCGAAGGGCAACACGGCGGAAGAAGCUGCCAAGGGCUCCCUCAGUGAGCUUGCGCUAAGAUUCUUCAAUUUUACUGCUGAUAGGCCAGAGGAACAUUUGAAGAAGUUCAAUGGUCUUCCCAAUGUCAAACACUUGCUGGACUUCUUCCGAUUGAGUUUCAUCGGCCAGAAGAUGGAACAAACUAGACAUGUCGAUGACGAACACUUUCAGUUGAUCCCCUCAGCCAAGCAACUUCUUCUUUCUGGGAUUAAAUUCAAGCAGAGGGAAGGCAGCAAGUCGAACUUAAUCGAAAUCCAAUUCGAUCAUGGACUCUUAUCUGAGAAGCGAAUAAUAGCGAACUAUUUGGGAUCGAGUGCAGAGGUCGCAAAUUUCUUCAAUGAUCUGAAUAAGGACAUUGCCUUUGAUAGCAGUACAAGCUAUUUGGCCGAGCUAUUUGGGCAAGUGAACGGAUACCACAAAAAGAAAUGGCACGUGCGUUGGGCGGGGAUCAAGCACGAGUACUUUGGGAGUCCUUGGACCUUCAUUUCGGCUGUUGCUGCCUUUGUUCUGUUGGUUCUUACAAUCCUUCAAGUAUUCUACGCGGUCUACAGGUACCACCGUCCCCGAAAGUAA